AUGGUCUCAAACAAGCUCCCCUGGCAUGGUAUUCCACCUUUUCUACCUUCUUACUUUCCCAAGGGGUUUGUCAAUAGUAAAUGUGAUUCCUCCCUCUUCAUUCACAGAACUUCUACCUCAGUUACGUACUUACUCAUCUAUGUUGAUGACAUCUUACUUACUGGAAAUAAUUUUGUCCAUAUUCAGCAACUUAUCACUCAUAUGCAUAAUGCCUUUUCUAUGAAGGAAUUAGGGAACAUUUCCUAUUUUCUUGGUAUCUCUGUUCAGUCUACCAAUCCCGGUUAUUUUUUGUCUCAGCAAAAAUAUGCCAAGGACAUCCUCUUGAAAGCCGGUCUUUCUGCUUGUAAACCUUGUUCAUCUCCUAUAUCUGUCAAGCCUCACACUCCUCCAAAUGCUUCUCUUCCAUUUGAUAACCCUGCUCUUUAUCGGAGUCUUGUUGGAGCCUUACAAUAUCUUACCAUCACUCGACCUGAUCUCUCUUUGGCUGUUAAUCAAGCAUGUCAGCACAUGCAUGCUCCUACAGUGGGUCACUUUGCUGCAGUUAAAAGGAUUCUGAGAUUUGUGCAGGGUACUCUCUCUCAUGGGUUGUACUAUACUCCCAGUUCUUUUGAUCUUCAUGGUUUUUCAGAUGCCAAUUGGGCUGGUGAUAUUCAUGAUAGAAAAUCUAUCUCCGGUUAUUGUGUGUUUUUGGGAGAUAAUCUAGUGUCUUGGUCUGCCAAGAAACAGGCCACUGUAUCCCGCUCAUCAACCGAGGCAGAGUAUCGUGCUUUAGCACAUACUGCUGCUGAGCUUAGUUGGAUUAUAAUGUUGCUCACUGAAAUGGGUAUCUCUUCUCCAACCAUACCUGUGCUUUGGUGUGAUAAUCUGUCUGCCAUGGCUUUGGCUUCCAAUCCCGUAUUUCAUUCUCGCUCAAAGCAUAUCGAAAUCGAUUGUCAUUUUGUGCGCGAUAAAAUUUUGGCUAAGCAGUUUGUUGUCCAAUACAUUCCUACUGUUGAUCAACUAGCUGAUUUGUUUACCAAGCCCUUGUCUGUUUCAAGAUUUCAGUACCUCAAGGACAAGCUAAUGGUCUUUGAGCAGCCCAUCAGCUUGCAGGGGACUGUUGAGACUACUAAGCCAACUGUCAACUGA